AUGUCCGGAUGGCCACCACCAGCUAUUGUAACUAACCAAUAUUCCUCUAUGAAAGCUGCUAUUAGGAAGGCCCUGCCACAUACUAGGCAUAGAUGGUGCUUGUGGCACAUAAUGAAGAAGGUUCGUGAAAAGUUCAAAGGAUACGGUUGCUACGAACAUAGUCAGGUUACAAUGGGUGAAGUCGUUCACCAAUGUUUGACUAUAGAGAAUUUUGAAGACAAUUGGAAUGGUUUUGUGAACACUUACUGUCUCGAGGACAACGAAUGGUUGCAAGGGAUGUGGAAUAAUCGCAGAUGCUGGGUUCCAGUGUAUCUGAAGGGUGACUUUGGGGCUAGAAUAUCAUCCACUCAAAGAAGCGAGAGCGUCCAUUUUUUGUUCGACAAGUAUCUAAACCCGCAGACAACCUUGGGAGGCCGCAAGAAUUUUGACUCUAUGAAUAAAGUUGUGCCAUGUUGCUCCUUUAACAGCGAAACUAAAGUGCAGUUUCAGUUCGAAUACAUGAAUGACAUCUUUUAG